GUGGUGAGGAGUCGCUCUGUCUGACCAGUGGCUUUGAUCAGAUUGAGGCUGAAGCGGAUACAUUCCUCUGCAGUUUACAAGUGAAGCUACGCUGUGAAUUAUGGAUUGUUCAGAGGAGGUUCAGUGUGUGUCUGAGGAGCCCAGCGCCCAAAUGGAGCUAAAAAGGGGAAUGUCGAUUUUCAUUGAUAUUUUGCGGCGAGCUGAUAAAAACGAUGAUGGGAAACUGUCCUUCGAUGAAUUCAAAGCCUACUUCUCUGAUGGAGUCUUGACAGCUGAGGAACUGAAGGAGCUCUUUCACACAAUUGACACUCAUAACACAGACAAUGUGGACACAGAUGAACUCUGUGAGUAUUUCUCCCAGCACCUUGGUGAAUAUGAGAAUGUUCUCGCUGCCUUAGAAGACCUGAAUAUGUCCAUACUGAAGGCGAUGGACAAAACAAAGAAGGACUAUCAGGAGUCCACCCACCUGGAGCAGUUUGUGACCCGCUUCCUGCUGAAGGAGACAACCAAUCAGCUUCAUUCACUUCAAAGUUCGCUCGAAUGCGCCAUGGAAACCACAGCUGAGCAGACCCGCCAGGAGAAACAGGGCCCGUUGAAGCCAGAGGUUUUAUCCAUCCAGUGGUCGGGUCGCCGCUCCAACCGGAGGCUUCAGAGGAACAGCAGCCUCUCUCCCAACAACCCUCUCCUCAGUCUCGUCAGUUCAGGUGUUUACGAUGAAGACAGCCACUGGAUGGUACAGGUCAACAGACUGCAGAAGCUUAUCGAUCGUCUCGAGCAAAAGGAGAUUCGUCUGGAGCCUGUCGAAGAGGAGGUCUUGGAGAGCAAAUCGCACAUUCUGAUAGUCCAGAGGCAGCUCUCGGUGCUGGAGGAGGAGCUGGAGGAGUUUCGCUUGGCUCUCAGACAGUACAUGGAGUGUGCCUGCGCCCAGACAGGAUGUCUACACAUCGCAGUUCAGCGGCUGGCAAAUGAAUCACGCUUCAUUCUCUAUGAAUUCUGGGAGCACAACAACGUGUGGAAAAAUCACCUGCAGACCAACUACAGUAAGACCUUCCAGAGGGGAAAUGUAGACUUCCUGGAGACUCCUGAGACCAUUACCACCAUGCUGGUUCCUGCCUCAUGGUGGGUCCUCAACAACAACUGAAAGUGAACAAGCAUCCACAGAUUGCCACUGAUGGGUGCAGACAGCAAACAGCCACCUGACAGCACAUCAGGAAGACCACACACAUGCACACUCACACACACACACACACACACACACACACACCAACUCAACCCAGCUCGUGAAGUCAUGGUGAUUAGUAUCGACUUUAUUACCUCCAUGUUCGUUCAUAGUUAGGUUAGGUAGGUAGCUGAAAUAGCCCACAUGUUUGUUUACACUCCUAAAGGAAACUUUGACGUCCUAAAAGCAAUGACCUCGUCAGGCGGAGACCCAUCUGAUGAUCUGACAUCAUCACUGUGUCUUACACUGUGUGACAUCAUCUGGAGCCUGGGGUGACUCAUGAGAGCUGAGGCAUGCAGGGAGUGUGCAUCACACAGCGAGUGUGUGUCUCUGUGUGUGUGUGUGUG